AUGGCAUCCGUCAAACCAGAAGUACCUGCGCCAGAGCAACCAAGGGCCCGCAUGGCUCCAGGCAACCCCAACCUGGACCAAUUGCAGGGCAUGCUGAACCUAGUCCUCCUGACGGCCGGCCGCUUCAUCAAAGAGCACCAGGCGGGCGGCGGUGUUGGCCGCAUGAAGCAGGGCCUGCAGCGCGCCGUCCCUGCAGCAAAUGAGCGCUUCAACGACGCUCUUGAUGAGCUCGAGAACGAGAUCCGCUUAGCGCAUGUGGUGUUGCGACGGGACCUUGCAUUGCUCAAGCAGGACCGCAAGAAGCGCGAGGCUGCAGCGAAGCAGCACGAGGCAGAGAGGGCACGGGCGGCUGCAGAAUCGCGCCUCGGUGUGCCAGCGAAGAAGGAAGAAGUGGCCGUGAAGCCAGAGGCCGUAACGCCAGCAGCGGCCUCCACUGAAGCACCGCCACCGGCCGAGCAGCUCACCACAGCCAGGACGCCCGAGGCAGCACCCAAAGUCGAAGAGGAUCCCGCGCAGCCACCAGUGACCGAGACAGCCUCCAAGCAGCCGCCUGACGAUCCCCUCUUCGAUGCCACGCCCGCCAACUCGAACACGCAGGAACAUGAGUUCGACUUUGACUUCGAAUUCGGCGACGCAAUGGCAUCUGGCACCAACAAUGAUGGCGACAUGAUGGACACGUCGGGCGACAUGGACUUCACGCUUGACGAGGGACCUUCGUUGCUCCGUGGGCUCGAAGACUUUGCCAAUGCAAAGGGCCACGAGGACGACAACAACGGAGCUAGCACAGAUAUGGACCUUGACUUCCCCAUGCCCGAUCUCCCAGACAUGAACAGCGAUGCGAAACCGUCAGUGGAGCAACCCAAGCCCGCCGAACCUUCGCAGCAGCCCAAAUCACCAGCAGACGAUGCGAAGGAAAGCAAGCCUGCCAAGGAAGCGGCAGACACAAAGCCAAAUAUCGACUCCAACGAUACUACGAACAACAAUGACGAACCUAUGGAGACCAUAACCACGAACAACCUCGACGACCUGUUCUACCUUGACGACUAUGAGGACCCAGAGGGAGGUGAAUCCGCCUUCGACGACGCUUUCUUCAACUUCGAUUAG